GACGGGGGAGAGAGAGGAGGAAGAAGCCGAAGAAGGCGCGUCGGGGCGGGUACCCAGGUGGCCGAGGCGCCCGGGCGCGAGCUCCGCCGCCAACAGCCAUGUACCGCUCCACCAAGGGCGCUUCCAAGGCGCGGCGGGACCAGAUCAACGCGGAGAUCCGGAGCCUCAAGGAGCUGCUGCCGCUGGCCGAAGCGGACAAGGUGCGGCUCUCGUACCUGCACAUCAUGUCGCUAGCCUGCAUCUACACCCGCAAGGGAGUCUUCUUCGCCGGAGGCGCCCCUCUGACUGGCCCAGCCGGGCUGCUCUCGGCGCAGGAGCUGGAAGACAUCGUGGCGGCGCUGCCCGGGUUCCUGCUCAUGUUUACGGCCGAGGGGAAGCUCCUCUAUCUGUCCGACAGCGUGAGCGAGCACUUGGGCCAUUCCAUGGUGGAUCUGGUUGCCCAGGGUGACAGCAUCUACGAUAUCAUUGAUCCCGCCGACCACCUCACUGUCCGCCAGCAGUUGACUCUGCCCUCCCUGCCUGACACCGAUCGCCUUUUCCGAUGCCGAUUCAAUACUUCCAAGUCCCUGAGGCGCCAGAGCGCGGGCAACAAGCUCGUGCUCAUCCGGGGCCGUUUUCAUCCCCACCCCCCUGGAGCCUACUGGGCGGGGAACCCCGUCUUCACGGCCUUCUGCGCCCCUCUCGAUCCCCGAGCCCGUCCCGGACCAGGCUGCGGCCCCGGGCUGGCCUCCAUCUUCUUGGCCGUGUUUCAGAGCCGCCACGCCAAGGACCUCGCCCUGCUGGAUGUCUCCGAGAGUGUCCUAGUCUACCUGGGCUUUGAGCGCAGCGAGCUGGUCUGUAAAUCAUGGUAUGGACUUCUGCACCCCGAGGACCUGGCCCACGCCUCGGCCCAGCACUACCGCCUGCUGGCUGACGGUGGUGAUGUUCAGGCGGAAAUGGUAGUGAGGCUGCAGGCCAAGGCCGGAGGCUGGGUAUGGAUCUACUCCCUGAUGCACCCCGAGGGCUCCGAUGGCCCCAUCACUGCCAACAACUACCCGAUCAGCGACUCGGAAGCCUGGAGCCUUCGCCAGCAGCUCAGCUCCGAAGACGCCCACCUGGCGUAUGUCCUGGGCACUGCGGCCGCGCCGGCUGCGUUCCCAGGCAGCCUCCUCUCCCCGGCCCAGUGUGCGAGCCCCGACCCGACCUUCCCCCCGGCCUUUGGGGGUCCCCGAAGCACCAUCUUCCCCGCUGGCCCGGAACUGGCACCCAUUCCCUCCGGAGAGCAGCUGUCGCAGCCCCCCAAGGAGAUGGACUUCAAUUACCUGGCCUUCCCCCCGCGCCCCGAGUCCACCUUCCAAGGGGACCUGUGCAAAGACUUUGUGUGCACCCCGCCGUACACGCCCCACCAGCCCGGGGGCUGCGCCUUCCUCUUCGGCCUCCAGGAGCCCUUCCAGCCCCACCUCCCCGCGCCUUCCGGCUCUGGCGCGGAGCAGCUGCCCCCCGGCGCCGGCAUCUUCCCCGAGCAGCUGACCCCCAGCAGCGCCACGUUCCCCGAGCUGGCCGGCCCCGUUCCGGGCCAGCUGACGGACGCCCCGGCCCAGACCUACGAAGACCAGCUGCCUCCCUGCGGCCCGGCUUUCCCAGAGCAGUUGCUGCCCGGCGCCGCCACCUUCCAGGAGCAGCUGGCCAGCCCCGGCCAAGCCCAACUGACCCCGCCCAGCACGGCUUUCCCGGCUCACACGGCCAGCCCCGGCCGGACCUUCCCGGACCAGCCGAGCCCGACCCCCACCAAGCCCUACUUCCCCCAAGACGGCUGCAGUUUUCUCUAUGAGAAGUUGCCUCCCAGCCCUAACAGUCCUGGUAAUGGGGACUGCACUCUCCUGGCUCUGGCCCAGCCGGGGCCGCUCUCCGUGGACGUGCCCCUGGUGCCCGACGGCCUGCUCACCCCGGAGGCCUCCCCGGUCAAACAGAGUUUCUUCCAUUACUCGGAAAAGGAGAGGAAUGAGCUCGACCGCCUCAUCCGGCAGAUCAGCCAGCUGGCCCAGGGCCUGGACUGCCCCUUCCCGGCGGAGCCUGGGGCGGAGGGGCUCGAGCCCCUGGGCCAGGCUCUCUCCUUCCCGGGGGCUGGUCCCCCGCUGUUCGGCCUGGACCCCAAGUCCUGGAAGAGCCAGGACCUGGCUUUCUUGGAUGCCCCCGAGGCCCAGUUCCUGGAAGAGAAGUCCCCGGAAGACAUCUUCAUGGGCCUCUCCGCCCCGGCGCCCCAGGGGGACUGGGGCCCGGGGGGUCCUGAGACCUCGGGCCCAGGGGGGGCCCCGUCGCCCUGCACCGACCUGUCCCCGGAAGACCACAGCUUCCUGGAGGACCUGGCCGCCUACGAACCCGACUUUGAGACAGGUGUCUCAGCGUUCCCCUGUGAUGGAUGUACCGAUGAGUUGUAUCAACUCCAGAGUCAAGUUCAAGACAGCUUCCAUGAUGAUGGAAGUGGAGGGGAACCAACGUUCUGAAUAAGUCUGUGACUUAACGUCGUCGAGUAUGGCAUAUUGUCAUCAUGGAGUGGAGAUGUUCUCCACCACCCCGGAACUUCCGUGCGCUCCUUGGGGGCUUGGAGGGGAUGCGUCCGAUCCCUCCCACCCUGAGGAGGGGAAGGGGGGAGGAGGGGUGGUGGGAAGAAGGGGAAGGGGAUUUAUUUUUAGAAUCAAGAGACUUUGAGCAAUCCUAGUUUCCAUCUCAAUCUGUAUUCACUCGUAGUGAGUUUCCUUGAAUGGGAUUCCAUACAGAGAAUGGGGGAGUCACCGCUUCCCUUCCAUGCUGCCCGAGGCCUGGGGGGACUUCUCCACCCCCGGGGCCGUCGGUCCCGGGCUUCCGUGGGGGAAAAGGCCGGCCCCGGGCUAGCCUGCGCCCCGUGGGGGCCCUUGACACUCACGUAGAAUUGUCUACACUCCAGUAACAGGAUUUCAAUUCCUCUGCACUCGCCGCCAGCGCGGCUCUCCUGUGACUUUUGCGCCCUGCGCCUGGGGUGGGGGGCGUGAAGCGACUCUAUCGUUUCUUUCCGAUGCAGGAAGACAGAUCUGCCGUCACGCCGUGUGUGAGUGCGUGUGCACGCGAGCAUGCGUGUGUGUGUGCGCCCGAGCACGCCCGUGUGCGAGCGGGCAGGCGGGCCCCGGGCCCCCGUGCAGUGAAUCUCGUGGUGCUGUGUCGACUUUGUAACCAACUUUAUAAUAAAGUCCGGUUCGCCUU